CCCUCAAUUGCGACGGCCGUCUCGGCAAACACCCCUGCAGACACAUACGAACCCCCUUCCCGGUCCCCGGCCCGCUUCUAUCUACCGACGAGAACGUUGCACAAGAACAACGCUGGUAGUACCGGUGUUCAACUCACUAACUACCACCCCCCAAAUCAACUUCCCCACCACCUCCUCCUCUACCUCCUCUACCUCCUCUACCUCCACCUUCUCCGCCUCCUCUUCCGGAACUCGUACUCACCUCCCUCCAAGACGACCGCCCCGCUCCCAUGGCGACCGAAAUUCCCGAACCCCACCAGCUGCAGAGCCUCCUGCAAACCGCGAUGCUUAAAUGCAGCGAGCGGUGUCUCUACCAAUCAGCAAAAUGGGCCGCCGAACUCCUCACAUCGAUGGACGUACCUCCUCCGUCCGCCGAGACCUCCGUCGCCCUCCCGCAGGCCUACCUCCACCCCAUGUCCGCAGACACCGCCGAACUCGCGCUCGAAACCGUCGAAUUCAACCAAUACCUCCUUGCCAAGUCGUACUUUGACGUGCACGAAUAUGACCGCGCGUCGUUCGUACUCCAGAAUUGCAAGUCGUCCAAGGCGCGGUUUUUACACCUAUACGCACGAUACAUAGCUGGCGAGAAGCGGCGGGAUGAGGAUUCGGAGAUGGUGCUGGGCCCGCUAGAUGGUGCCGAGACGAGGAAUAAGGAGGUUGCGGGGAUUCUCACUGCGCUGGAGGAAAUUUUCGCGGAGAAGGAUGGCGAUACGAUGUGGGGCGAGGAUGAUAGCUGGUUGUUGUUCUUGUAUGGCAUUGUAUUGCAGAAACAAAAGAAUGAGGAAGAGGCUAGAGGCGCACUGUUAAAGAGUGUCAAUCUAUAUCCGUACAAUUGGUCGGCCUGGCAGGAGUUGGGCGCAACGAUAGGGACUUUGACCGAUCUCAACACCAUCCUCCCGUCGCUCCCAGCGAACAUCAUGACCAAUCUCUUCGUCCUGUCCACCAACCAGGAGCUCUACCAGACCGCCGAUCCAAUCCACUCGCAGCUGUCCGAUCUCCUCAACCUCUUCCCCGGCUCAUCGUGGCUCAAAACGCAGCGCGCACUACUUUACUACCACGCACGCGAUUUUGAAGAAGCCGAGUCAAUCUUCGACAGCCUGAUCAAAAUCGAUCCGCACCGGAUCGACGCCCUCGACCAUUACUCCAAUAUCCUAUACGUGAUGGAGCGGCGCCCAAAACUCGGCUUCAUUGCCCAGCUCGCCAGCUCGACCGACAAAUUCCGCCCCGAAACCUGCUGCGUGAUCGGCAACUACUACUCACUAAAAUCUGAGCACGAAAAAGCCGUGAUGUACUUCCGGCGGGCGCUCACCCUCGACCGGACCUUCCUCUCCGCCUGGACCCUGAUGGGACACGAAUACGUAGAAAUGAAAAACACCCACGCAGCGAUCGAAGCGUACCGACGGGCAGUGGACGUGAACCGCCGCGACUACCGCGCCUGGUACGGGCUGGGGCUGUCCUACGAAGUCCUGGAAAUGCACUACUACGCCCUCUUCUACUUCCAGCGCGCAGCCGCCCUCCGCCCCUACGACUCGCAGAUGUGGCAGGCAAUGGGCCAGUGCUUCGACCGCAUGAACCGGCCGACAGAGGCUAUCAAGUCAUUCAAGCGGGCGCUCAUCUCGCUGUCGCCGUCGGCGGCCGGCGGCCACGACCCGCAGAUCCUGUACCUCAUCGCGACUAUGUACGAGAAGCUGCGCAACAGCAAGGAGGCCGCCAAGUGGAUGGAGGCGUGCAUGGCCGAGGAGGAGAACUCGGGCGUCACGGGCGUCACCGGACAGGCGAGGCUGUGGCUUGCUAGAUGGGCGUUCGUCAGCAGCGAGUGGAACCGCGCCAUGCAGCUUGCUGAGGAACUUGCACAGGACGGCCAGGAGGUCGAGGAGGCGAAGGCUCUGAUUAGAGAUCUGAGAGCUAGGGAGGCGAGGGAGGCGAGGUAGUGCGGUGUGCGGUGUGCGCUCGGUGUGUCUGCUGAAAAGGUACGGGUGUAGAUGGCGUUUGGGCUGGCAUCUUUUUUGUUUUUUCUUGCGUGUGCUUUGAGCGUGGAAAAUCUCGGGGUGGUUGUUACUAUGGGCUUAUACCAUGAGAGCGAGAGAGAAUUCAGACCGAGGCUAUCAUAGGUAGUAGGUAGGUCCCGUUUCUGGAAUUCGAUGAAUGAAUGC